CCUUCCGCGCGAUGCAGAUUUGAACAGAUGGCGGAGCUCGGCCAACUGCGCAAAUUUGUUCGGACACAGUUGCGGAAAACAGCUGAUCUCAGCACUCUGACCCAGGCCAUCAUUCGGAAGCGCUACCAGACCUUCAGUGGAUGUGAGUCACUGAGCACAGAGGACCGGCAGCUCCUGAAGAAAAUCGUGGAGGAGGAGCUCCUGAAGAUGCACGCCAGCAGUUCAAGUGACGACGAGCCUCUGAUAAACAAAAUAGCUACACUCACCAAGCGAAAGCGAACCUCCGAUGACGACGACAACGAUGGCCAUGGCAGGAGUUCUGACCGCAAGAGGGUGUGCCCGAACCAACCAGAGUCGCCAGAUUCGGGAAUUGAACGGCCCAGGAAAGAAGACAGUGAAGCAGAGGAAGAGAGACGGCGGGUAAACCCUGACCUCUUAAUAUCCGAGGAUGACCAGGGGAUUACACGGAAGGUGAAGAAGAAGGGCAUGGCUGAGUUAAGCAAGAAAGACGCCAACAAAAAGAAGGUGAGUGAGGACAGGCCAAUGGGUGAAGAGAAGGAAGGAAGAAAGAAGAAGACAACCAGGAUAGACAGUGAGGAAGAUGAGGGGACAGAAAGUGACGCAAGCAGUGAGGAAGAGGCUGUAGGAGGUAAAGCAGGGAGGCGGAAGCUGGCCAAAGCAGAUGGCAAGAAAACAAUGGGGAAGAAGGCUAAAUUAGACAGUGAGGAAGAGCGGGAAAGGAGGAAGAUGAAGACAACAACAAAAACCUACAGCCAAUCAGACAGCGAGGAGGAGGAAGAUAAAAAGGUGCAAGCGAGGAAGAAGACUAAAUUAGACAAUAAGACUAUUUUAAACAGGUCACAGAAGGCAGACAGUGAGUCAGACAGUGAGGAAGAGGAGGAGAAAAAGCCACCGGUGAGGAAGAAGGGAAAACCUGAGAUUAAGAAGGCAGACAGCGCAUCAGACAGUGAGGAAGAGGAAGAGAAAAAAAUGCCGGUGAGGAAGAAGGGAAAACCUGAGGUUAAGAAGGCAGACAGUGAGGAAGAGGAGGAGAAAAAGCUGCCGGUGAAGAAGGGAAAACCUGAGAUUAAGAAAGCAGACAGCGAAUCAGACAGUGAGGAAGAAGAGGGAGGGAAGCUGGCAUCCAGCACAUCUGAGAGUGAAGAGGAUGAGGACAAGAAGCUCGGAAAGGGGACUGGUGAGAACGUGAAGGAGUGCGUGUCCCUUGAGAUGCCAAGCCAUCAGUCCGACAGUGACUCCUCGUCCUCCUUGCCAUCUUUGGAUGAAGAGGAGAGAAGGCCAGUGAAGAGCACGACGGAGGGCGACAAGAAGAAGAGUGAAAAGGGCCCGUCAAAAAGCAAGAAGCGCACUGGUGACCAAGGACCCCCUGGCGAGGAAGACCCUGCCAUCGCGCGCCUGAAGCGCUACAUCACGGCAUGCGGGGCGCGCCGCAACUACAAGAAGCUCUUUGACGGCUGCAAGAGCAAAAAAUCCAAGAUUGAGGUGCUGAAGCAGGAGCUCGAGAAGCUGGGCGUUCACGGAAAUCCCAGUCUGGAGAAGUGCAAGAAGGCCAAGCUGCGGCGCGAGGAGAAGGAAGAGCUGGCAGCGCUGGACCUCGGCAACAUCAUUGAGACAGCAGGUCGGCCUCGCCGAAGGGCCGUAGCCAACAGCUGGGAGGAGACGGGACCACCCUGCCGGGAAGACUACCACAAGGGUCUAGCGUCCGACUCGGACUCAGACCACCGAGGCAAGAAGCGGCUGACCCAGUGGGCCAACCUGAAGGGGAUCAUCAGCGAUGACGGUGACAGUGACUGAGAUGCUCGGCUUUUAAACGUGCCGUUCGCUGGACAUAAAACCUGGGGGGCUUCCCGCUGGCGCUUUUAAACCCACCGACGCGGCUCCACCUCGGAGCACUUUGUUGCUUUUCUUUCUUUUUGUUUGUGUUGUCCAUUUUUGUGCCUAAUAAAAUGAGAACGUUUUUCAUA